AUGGUUAAAGGAUCUAAACGUUGGAUUUCAUCUCAACAAGGUUUGAUAUCACGAAUCGAGAGUUUACACCUUUCUCUUGGGGUGAAUAACCUCAGUGGAACUAUCUCCGAUUCUAUCUCAAAUGCUUUUAAGCUCACUCUUCUAGACCUUUCCACCAAUAGGUUUACCGGUUCAAUUCCCAGCUCACUUGGUAAUCUAGAACUCCUCGAAUAUUUGAACCUAGAAGACAACAAUUUCAUUGGUGAAUCCUCGUCUCCAGAAUUGAGUUUCCUCACUUCUUUCACCAAUUGCAGAAAUUUAAAAGUAUUGCGAGUAAGUGAAAAUCCUCUACACGGAAUUCUUCCUAUCUCCAUUGGUGCUUUCUCUGAAUCUCUCGAAAGAAUUGUUUUACAAAAAUGUGGAAUUAAGGGCAAUAUUCCUAAUGAGAUUGAAAUAAAGACUGAUAUUCCUAGUGAGAUUGGUCAUUUAAGCAACCUGCUGACGUUAUCUCUAUAUGGAAACAACUUAACUGGGGUUAUUCCAACAACAAUCAAAGGGUUGAGCAAGAUACAACGACUGUAUUUUGACGGAAACAGAUUCGAUGGGACCAUUCCAGAGGAGCUCUGCCAUUUAGUGAACUUGGGUCUUUUAGGUUUGAGUGAGAAUAGAUUGUUUGGAACCAUACCUAAAUGCUUAGGAAAUAUUACUUCCUUAAGAUAUCUAUAUAUAUACUCCAACAGAUUAAACUCCAGCAUUCCUGAAGCCAUUUGGAACCUCAAAGAUCUUUUGCAUUUCAACUUGACCAAUAAUUCUUUAAGUGGAAAUCUACCCCAAGAGAUUGGAAGUUUAAAGGUAGCAACAAUACUUGAUCUAUCAAGGAAUCAAUUCACGGGUGAUAUUCCUAGCACGAUUGGUGGUUUGCAAGACUUGAUUGGACUUUCCGUUGCAAAUAAUAGGCUACAAGGAGCAAUUCCUGAAUCAUUUGGAGACAUGAGAUUAUACAUAAUGAUAGAUGUCGCGUGUGCAUUGAAAUAUCUCUACCAUGACUACUCAACACCUGUAGUUCACUAUGAUCUCAAACCCAGCAAUGUCCUCCUAGAUGAAGGUAUGGUUGCACAUUUAUGGUAUUAUCUUGAUCGAAACAUUUACAAGAAGAAAACCAUUGAUGAUUUAUUUGCUAGAGAUUUGAGCCUCAAGGAUUGGGUAAAUGAGUCACUACCUGAUGCAAUAAUUCAUGUUGUAGAUUCCAACUUGCUAAGGCAACAGGAAGAGCACUACACUGCAAAGGUGCAGUGUGUAUCAUCUAUCAUGGAAAUGGCUAUGAAUUGCUCAACAGAAUUACCCCGGGAGAGGACCAACAUGAAAGAUGCUCUAGUAGCACUCAAGAAGAUCAAACUUCAAUUAAUCAAAAGUUCUAAGAGUGUAACCAACAUUAUCAGUGACCAAUCUUCUCUUCUUGUCUUGAAAGCCCAUAUCACUUUUGAUCCUAACGGUGUCUUGGCUAACAACUGGUCCACAACUACCUCCAUCUGCGACUGGGUUGGAGUCACUUGCGGCACUCGCCACCUACGAGUGACAUCCUUGAACAUAUCUGACAUGGGUCUUGAAGGUACGAUUCCUCCACACAUGGGUAACAUGUCUUUUCUCAUUUCCCUCGACCUUAGUAAUAACACUUUCAGUGGUCAUCUACCCGAUGAGUUGGUUCAUCUGCGUCGAUUGAAAUCCAUGGAUUUGAGGUUUAACAAAUUUAGUGGAGAGCUUCCAUCAUGGUUGGGUGCCUUAAGUGAACUGAAAGAGUUAAAUCUUGGUAACAAUAGUUUUACAGGCACCAUCCCACCUUCCUUGUCCAACAUGUCGAGGCUCGAGAUACUAAAUGUGCAAUAUAGCGAGCUUACAGGUUCUUUGCCACUCACCAUCUUCAACAUCUCGUCACUGCAAAUUAUUGCCUUUACGCACAGUGGGAUGUCUGGUAAUCUUCCAAUGGAUUUGUGUCAUCGUCUUCCAAACCUCCAAGGGCUUCAUCUAUCUCAGAACCAGUUACAUGGUCAACUUCCAUCAAGUUUAUUCCAGUGCUCAGAACUUCAAGUUUUGUCACUGUCGUUUAACAAAUUUAGUGGACCCAUUCCUAGAGGGAUUCCGAAUUCAACUUUGCUUAAGACGUUACUACUUGGCUAUAACAAUCUCAAAGGUGAAAUUCCACAAGAAAUUGGUAAUCUUCUUAAUUUGGAGAGAUUAUCAAUGCUAAGUGCUAAUCUCAAUGGUGUCAUUCCAUCUUCCAUAUUUAACAUUACUUCUUUGAAAGUUAUUCAUCUUCGAGAUAAUAACCUGAUAGGUGUGGGUUCUUAUAAUUCCCCUCUAAUCAUUUCCCAUGAAUUAACCUUACAUUUCAAUGUUCUUUCACAUGGAUUACCAGGUGUGAUACCACAAGAGGUUGGCAACCUUCAUGAGUUGGAAAUCAUAUUUUUAGAAUUGAAUAGCUUAACAGGACUGAUCCCAGCAACAAUGUUCAAUAUAUCAACACUAAAAGAGAUUGGACUCACAGAGAAUCACCUUACAGGCAAUCUUCCAUCAAGUAUAGGCCGGACACUACCCAAUCUUGACUACCUUUCUCUUGGAGGGAAUAACCUCAGUGGAACUAUCCCCGAUUCUAUCUCAAAUGCUUCGAAGCUCACUCUUCUAGACCUUUCCACCAAUAGGUUUACCGGUUCAAUUCCCAGCUCACUUGGUAAUCUAGAACACCUCGAAUAUUUGAACCUAGAAGACAACAAUUUCAUUGGUGAAUCCUCGUCUCCAGAAUUGAGUUUCCUCACUUCUUUGACCAAUUGCAGACAUUUAAGAGUAUUGCGAGUAGGUGAAAAUCCUCUAAACGGAAUUCUUCCUGUCUCCAUUGGUGCUUUCUCUGAUUCUCUCGAAAGAAUUGUUUUACAAAAAUGUGGAAUUAAGGGCAAUAUUCCUAGUGAGAUUGGUCAUUUAAGCAACCUGCUGACGUUAUCUCUAUAUGGAAACAACUUAACUGGGGUUAUUCCAACAACAAUCAAAGGGUUGAGCAAGAUACAACGACUGUAUUUUGACGGAAACAGAUUCGAUGGGACCAUUCCAGAGGAGCUCUGCCAUUUAGUGAACUUGGGUCUUUUAGGUUUGAGUGAGAAUAGAUUGUUUGGAACCAUACCUAAAUGCUUAGGAAAUAUUACUUCCUUAAGAUAUCUAUAUAUAUACUCCAACAGAUUAAACUCCAGCAUUCCUGAAACCAUUUGGAACCUCAAAGAUCUUUUGCAUUUCAACUUGACCAAUAAUUCUUUAAGUGGAAAUCUACCCCAAGAGAUUGGAAGUUUAAAGGUAGCAACAAUACUUGAUCUAUCAAGGAAUCAACUCACGGGUGAUAUUCCUAGCACGAUUGGUGGUUUGCAAGACUUGAUUGGAUUUUCCGUUGCAAAUAAUAGGCUACAAGGAUCAAUUCCUGAAUCAUUUGGAGACAUGGUAAGCUUAGAAUCCUUGGAUCUAUCCCAAAACAACCUAUCUGGUCCAAUUCCCAAGUCGUUGGAGAAACUCAUGCAUCUGAAAUAUUUCAAUGUAUCUUUCAAUAGACUAAGUGGAGAAAUUCCGAGAGGAGGACCUUUUGCAAAUUUCACAAAUCAAUCUUUUAUGUCGAAUAAAGCAUUGUGUGGUGCUCCUUGGUUCCAAUUCAGGCCAUGUGAAAAUAGUUCUCUUCACAGAUCAAAGGAAAAAAGAGUGAUAUAUAUUUUGUUGCCAAUCACAUCAAUACUUGUUGCCUUAACAAUUUUAUUUCUGUGCCUAAGAAGUCGAUGGAGGAAAAAUAAAAUUCUAAUUCAAGCUGAAUUGAUACCGACACAUGAUAGAAUUACAUACCAUGAACUUGUCCGAGCAACAGAUGGGUUUAGUGAAAGCAAUUUACUUGGAAUGGGGAGUUUUGGUUCGGUUUACAAAGGCACACUAACCAAUGGGAUGGUUUUGGCUGCAAAGGUAUUCAAUCUGCAACAAGAAACUGGUUUCAAGAGUUUCGAGACAGAAUGCGAAAUAUUGCGUAAUGUUCGUCACCGGAAUCUCACCAGAGUCAUUAGUAGUUGCUCUAACCUUGAUUUCAAGGCUUUGAUACUCGAGUACAUGCCUAAUGAGAGUCUUGAGAAGUGGUUGUAUUCACACAACUAUUUCUUAGAUAUCUUGCAAAGAUUAGCCAUAAUGAUAGAUGUGGCGUGUGCAUUGGACUAUCUCCACCAUGGUCACUCAACGCCUGUGGUCCAUUGUGACCUCAAACCCAGCAAUGUCUUACUAGAUGAAGAUAUGGUUGCACAUGUGAGUGAUUUUGGCAUCGCAAAGUUCUUAGAACAAGGUCAGAGCAUUGCACUAACCAAGACUCUAGCCACAUUUGGGUAUAUUGCACCAGAGUAUGGAUUGGAAGGAUUAGUAUCAACAAGGUGUGAUGUUUACAGUUAUGGUAUUUUGUUGAUGGAAACAUUUACAAGAAAAAGACCCACUGAUGAAUUAUUUACUGGAGAUCUGAGCCUAAAGGAUUGGGUAAAUCAGUCACUACCGGAUGCAAUAAUUGAUGUUGUAGAUUCCAACUUGCUAAGGCAAGAGGAAGAGCACUACACUGCAAAAGUGCAGUGUGUAACAUCAAUCAUGAAAUUGGCUUUGAAUUGCUCUACAGAAUUACCUCGGGAGAGGACCAACAUGAAAGAUGCUCUAGUAGCACUCAAGAAGAUCAAACUUGAAUUAAUCAAAAAUUGUGAGUGA